AUGAGUAAAUUCUAUAUUUAGGAAGGCUCCAUUCUAACUUAGAACAGGUAUAACUAAGAAUGCUAUCUAAAGAAAGAAAAAGGUUUUCAAAAAUGUGAUCAAUCAAUAAAAUUAAUCAAAAUUGUUAUAAUCUCAUAUUCUCAUAUAAACUUCAAAAUCAUAAGGUUAUAUGUAAUAGUAGAAUUCAUUCUAAUAUUAAUAAGGAAGAUCUAAAUAUAAUAGAAAUAUUAUAAAUAGUUCUUUGCUUUAGGAUAUUGGAAAUAUUGAUUUAGAAAUUUAAAAAAUGUCUGAAGAAUAUAAUACUACAAUCAAUUAAACAUAAAUUAUGAAUAGAUCAUUUAACUUAAAAGUUAUUGUUUGCCAAUAAAAUUAGACAGAUUUAUCGAAGUAAGAUUUUAAAAUCUCAUAAAUAAAUAAAAUUAAAAAUUCUAAUAUUAAUCAUUAAAAACUCAAAAUUUCCAAUAAAUUUAAUGAGAGUUCAUAUUCAAAAUUAGCAGAAUCUAUGAAAAACUAUUCAAACUUAAAAAAUAUGGUUGAAGUAAAAAUUAUUGACAUACCUCAAAAUAAUAUUUUAAAAACUAAAAAAUUAUUAAGUGUGAAUAACUCAUAGAAUAUUGAGAAGUAAAAUUUUUCUUUCUAAUUUAUAGAACUAUAAAUCCUUUAGGUAAGAAAUUACCUUAAAAGUUAAAUUCUGAAAGAAACAAGGUAUCUUUGAUGAAACCAAUUUUAAAGUAGACUUCAUAUCAUACAUAAGAUUUUAGUUUUAAUCAAAUCAAUAUGAUUCCAAAUGUAAUAAAACUUGUAUAAUUUAGGUUUCAAUGAAAUUAGAUAAUAUACAUAAUGAAAUCAAAAGUAUUAUUAAGGAUGAUAAUAAAUUAGAGAAAGCAGUUAAAAUUUAUAAUACUUUAAAGUAAUUAAUUCAAUAACAUUCUAUAUUCUAAUAAAGAGUUAAUAGUUAAAAAGAAUAUAAAAAUAGAAUAACUCAAUGA